GCAAAAGCUAUGUAGCUCAGUUUCGUGUUGUGCACAGAUACUAGUCUUUAAGCAAUCGCGAUGCCCUUCGGUGUCCCACAUUUUACACAGCCGGCUGUACGGUUCCCCAUCCGCGUACGUCCGGCCCUUGUACCGGCAGCAGAAGGAUUUACGGCUACGUUCUUUCGGCAGUACACAUCACUGAAGUCGCGAUCUGCCUUGAUUGCUGCAUCGUUGGCAAUUGCCGAAAACGCCGCAGUUUCCUUCUUCAGAAUGUGCAGUGGAGCAGCACGGGCUGCUCUGUCCGGAUUAAGCCCUCGACUGGAGGACUCGGACACGAGCGCCGGCGGCGGAGACGCCGUCGCAAAGCAGCGCCGUUCACGCCCGCUCGAGGACAGGUCUCCCGGUGCGGUCCCCCCCAAACGCAGGAAGACUGCGGAAGAGGGAUGGCAAGGACAUGAAGUGACGGAAAACUUGGGAGCCACGGCGUCAGCUGCACUUCGCAUGGCCGCUCAACCCUGGGAACUCGUGGCAGUGAUAAGUCAUCUGCUGUCGCUGUCGACUCGCCGAGCUUUCAGUUCAGUACACGCAGCGCUUGACCAGUUGAUCUCGUUUUUCUAUACUGGCCAAGGCGUCGACGUCGCCGAUGAGCAGUCACUGAUCACGCAGUGUUCUCGAGUGUUGACGAAAGUGCGCACCGCUUUAGACCUCCAGAUGUCUUACGAGACGAGCGUCUUCGUGCACAUUGGGUCCGCGCUCCUCAAUUACCUGAAGGUCACCCUCUAUGCGCACGGCAUCUUUUCCGUAUCUGCGCAGACACCGGAAGAACUGCGCGACGUGGCGAUGGAGCACGCCUCGCUGAGUUCCUGGGUUUCCACGACACAACCGUUAAGCCUGUGGCUUAGCAUCUUCAACAACUUCACCACUUUGUACCGGGCUUGGUCAAUCAGGAGGUUCUCUGCUUCCAACCUGCCAUCUUCGUCGUCGGACUACGACAUGGAGACUGACUUUUCAGACACUAACAGCGACUCCUUGACAGACGACUAGCCUCUACUUGACUGUUGUCCUGCACAACUUUUGCAGCAGUUAUCUCGUUAAUAAAACUUCUUCUCAUUUUCGGA